AUGGUUGUUGUAAUUGGAUCUGGAGUCAUUGGACUCACCUCGGCCUACUACCUUCUGCAAGAGGGCCAUGAAGUCACUGUUGUUGCCCGUGAUAUGCCCACCCGAGUGGGUGAGCCUGAUCACGAUUGGCCUGGCGAAUGGGCGUCUCCUUGGGGAGGUGCCAUGUUCCACCCCGACCCUCGAGCCCAAGGUGACGAGCGAGACAUUCAGCGAGAGACCUUCCGUCUCUGGUGGGAACUGUAUCAUGCUGAUCCCUUCACUGGUCUCGGAUUCCGACUCACCAGAGACUUUUACGAUGAAACGUCGUAUCCUGGAUCCGAGUCGCGUGAGAAAGAUUCUGAAAACCGAAUGUGGGCCAGAGAAUUUCCUCAAUUCAGAUGGCUCCAGGACCACGAGAUUCCCGCCCGAGCCAAACAGAAGACUUUUGGUGGCCACGUGACUCACGGAGUAGAGUACCUGUCUGCCUCGGUAAACCCCUGGGUGUAUCUCAAGUGGCUGAGAACAUUCCUUGAGCGACGAGGUGUAAAGUUCAUCCAGUCUGAAGUCUCCUCCAUUGCGCAGGCCGUGGAGAUUGCAGGAGACCACUCUAGACUUGUUGUCAAUGCUUCUGGAGUCGGUGCCAAGCACAUGGAACCUGUGCAGGAUGCCGCUGUCAAAGCUGUACGAGGCCAGACACUCUGGGUGAAGACCUCUUAUGACGGCCCCAUGUGCUCUCGUACCGGCAAGUACUAUACCUAUGUUAUUCCCCGACCCCAGUCAGGAGGAAUCAUCAUUGGUGGUAUUUCUCAGCCGGGCAACUUUUCCAAGGUAGUGGAUGACGAAGUUAACAGGGAAAUCGUCACCAAGGUCGAUACUAUUUGCCCCGACAUGAUUGCUAACGCACGUGCCACCCUGUUUGAAAAGGGUGACGGACCGUUGCCCGUCACUUCUGAGUUCGAGGGUCUUCCUGUUAUCAAGAAGAUCAUUGGCUUCAGACCCGGAAGAGACGGCGGCUACAGAAUCGAGAAGGAAACUAUCGCAGGAGGUUUCACCGUCAUUCAUGCCUACGGGUUUGAGGGACAAGGAUACAUCUACUCCGGCGGUAUCGGCCAACGGGUCGCUUGGCUGGCUGCCACCAAGGCUUCUUUGUAG